AUGCCUUCUGUUACGGAUUUACAACAACAACAACAACAACAACAAACAUCAUCAAAUAGUCAUGGAAAAUCUACACCACCACCAACACAACAAACAACAUCAAUGGAUCCAAAUAAUGCUGAUCCAUUAACACAAGCAAUUCUUGUUUUAGAAAAAAAACAACGAAAUUUAGGAAAACGAAAAGAAAAAUUAGAAAGUUAUCAAAAAGAAGCAAAAGAUGGUAAAGAAUUAAAUAAAGAUCAAAAAGAUGCAUUGGCCAAAUAUCCUGAAGUUCUUGGUCAAAUUGAUUGUGUUAAAGAACUUAGUGAACAAUAUAAAAAAAUUCAAAUUGAGUCAUCAAAAAAUCAAAAACGUCUUUUAAAACAAGCAGCUGAGGAAAAACGUUUAUUAAUCUCAGAACGUCUUCGUGAAUAUGCACAAAUUCGAUAUUUACUUGAUCAUCGACCAACAACAUUAUCACCUGAAGAAUCAUCAUUAUUGGAUGAAUUAUCUUCUAUUAUAAUCCCAUCAGAUAAUUCAUCAAAUUCAAUAACUCGUUCAGUUGAUAGUGUUUUAUCAAUAUAUCAUGGUGGUCCAUCAUCAAUAAUAAAAACUCGAACAGGAAAAAAUCCACAUGAAAUACGAGAAAUUCUUGAACAAUUAAUUAAAAAUCUUGAUCUUGAAACAAAUUCUGUACCUCCUAUUCAACAACAACAACAACAACAAGAAGAAGAAGAACAACAACAACAACAACAACAACAACAAGAACAAAUUAAACAAAUAAAUGAAACAGAUAAUAUUCAAUCAUCCAACACAAAUAUAAAUAUAAAUGAAUAUCCAUUACAAUUUGAUACCAGAAAUCAAAAUAUUCCACUUGAACAAAUUAUACAAGAUAGUCCUUUCUUUUCUAUUGAUUUAAAUAAUCAACAAAUACAAGAUAAUAAUCGAGAUCAAUCACCUGAUCCAAAUCAAUAUUUAACAACAUUUACUGUUGUUAAUUCAAAUAUUAAUGAUCAAUCAUCAUCAUCAUCAAUGCAAAAUCAACAACAAGAAGAAUCAACAAAUGUUGUUACUUCAAAUGAGGAACAACAUCAAUCAGAUGAACAAUGGCAACAUCAAGGAGGCAAUGAAACUACUCAAAGAACAGGACCAUUUCAUAAUGGUACUGGAAAUAAAAAUUAUCAUCGACCUCCACAUAAUAAUUAUAGUCAACAAUGGAGAGGAACACGUGGUCUUCGAUAUGAUAAUCCUCAUGGUAGUGGUCAACGACAAUAUAAUGAAAAUAAUCGAGCUAGAAAUGGAUCUAAUCCACACUAUCGUGGUAAUCGUGGAGGUAAUUAUCGUGGUGGUAAUCGUGGUUAUCAUAAUAAUACUAAUGGAUAUCAAAAACCUGCUCAAUAUCAACAAAACAAUGAUCAACGUCAACAAAUUCGUUCAGCUCCACCAUCUCAACAACAACAAGAACAAUAA